AUGCUGUGCCCCGCGCGUUGCUCGUGCUUCCUCUGCCGCGAGCUGCAGUCCUGCCGCGCCGCUGACGCCAGGAAACCAAACAAAAACAUGUGCGACAACUUCAUUCUCAAGAAGGCGGAGGCGUGGGAGCCCAUGAAGUUUAUCCGCGGAGCCGCCCGCCUCUCCGUCAGACACUGGCAGAGCAGGGACCCCAUCACGUCCAAUAAGACGAGGGUCGCCACGCAUAAGUCUACCAGCUGCGAACAGCUGUACCCGCAUCCCUCGGAAGACGAAUCGGGACCGUUCGGUAUGCGGCGCGCUCCGAGCACAGACCGAGUGAAACCACAGUCGGAACACAAGGCGCUUUUUAAACUCCUUGGGAAUUCCCGAAACAAGAAAAUAAGUAACAGUGAUGCUUCUGAAUCAAAAGUACGUCGUAGUGUCCUGAACUUCAGGAAGACUGAAGCCCCAAAUUCCAAAAAUGUUCAUGAAAAAUAUAUUCCUUUGCCGCAGGUGUCGGUGCCCACGGAACAUAUUUAUAGUGAACCUCGGCCAACCAUCAGGAGUCCACAGUCCCAGUUUGACGAGUGUUGUCGACCCCCGGUAUACCAGAGCGUGGAAAAGAGGAAAGAGGAGCUCAGUAAAUGCUCGGCAGACAAAAAGAUAUACAGUAACCGGCUUCCGUGUUACGAGGAACUGGCGCAGAGACUUUCCCAAGAUAAGAGCAAAAAGUCUAUCUUACCACCACCGGAAGGUGGGUUAGCUAACAAGAUCACUCAAAACAACAAUAAAGUGGUCAUUUACUUCGGAGAUUCUAUAAUUCGUAAACACAAUGAACAGAAAAAAGAGGAGUAUAGACUUAAAGAGGAUCCUGCUAAAGAAGAAGUUAUUUAUGCUAAUCGGUUGUUAGAAGAAACAGGAAACUUGGGACUAAGUAAAGAUGUGGACAAGGGUGGAGGUGACACUAGGAUGGUGUCAGAGGUCCAGGUUCCAGAAGCUAUAUACUCUGAGAUCAAGGCUGAAAACUGUGGAGAUAUACAAGACGUAGUAACGAUUAAUGAUGCAACUUAUAAGAAGGACGUUUUCGGGACGAUGAGUUCUGACGGAUUUCUAGUGGUAGAGUUUGAAGGUAAUUUUGAAAGAGCUCGACAGUUGGUUGAGUUGGUGCACGGAGGGGGAGUGGAUCACCACGAGGCGACGGUGCUGGAUGAAGAUGAGCACUGUGACUGGAGUUUCAUCCAGGAUUGGAGGAAGCGGCCAUCAAGCGGGUGUCGUCCAUCGGAGGAGGGGGCGUGGUGCGGCGGCGUGUCGGGAGCGCGAGCCCUGCGCGUGCGCGUGAGCGGGGCGACGGCCGCGCCAGCGCCCGCGCACGCCCGCCGUCUCUCGCCGCCGCCGCACGCGCACCGCGCCACUACGCCACCCAGACCCACCUCACCCACCAAUAAACCGAUCCAGGAGGAAGCCCCACCGCCGUCAACAGAAGGUCCCAGCUCGGCCCAGCUGAAGGCAGUGGGUGCAGUGUCCCAGCUGACCGUAGCUAGUGCACCCGUCCGCAGUGCCCCUGCCCAGAACAGCUACGCACUAGAGCGAAGACCACCGAAACACGACCAUCACCACCGACCUGUGGAAACCGCACCACCUGUGCAGAAUGGCGUCCGCGACUGCAACAGCAGUUCAGACGAGAACAGGUCAUCCGGACAUGCAUCCAUGUCGGAUAGUGGAGGUGGCGGAGAGGCAGGCCGAGAGGAGCCUCGCAGGACACGACAGCCACCACAUGCACGGACUAAACAUAGACCACACAAUAAGUUGCAGUCCCCAUGGCCCGGGGGUGGAGGGUUGGAGGACAUCAGAUCAGCCAUCAAGCAGCUGACACUUCGCUCGAGGGACAGCAGCAGUACUGCCACGAGUGCUUCCAGCGCUGGCGGUGGAAGCAAUAAUGGAGCUCCAGAGAGUGGAAGCGCUGCAGAAGCUCGCAGAAGACGAGCUCCUUUGGUGCGACAACCCUCACUUGACACAGUCUGCACAAACGUUACCAGCGCCGAUGAAUUUGUGUGGGUUGAUUCACAUAAUAGGCUGGUAGAAUUACGCUGCGUGCCCUGGACAGCAAGCGAAGUCAGCCGGGCGCUACAAGCAGGGAGAUGCAGAGACAUUGCGCCGAGAAUGGCACCAGACACACCUUCAAGACUCGCCUACUUACUACAAAGGGCACUAGUAAGGAUAUCUCGUGAAGCUCAGCGUCUCUCGCAGAACUUUGGAUUCUGCUCAAAGCACGAAGUAGCUGGUGCCUUCAGAAUAGUACUUAGUACACCGCUUGCUGAUGCUUGCAUUAAGGGUUGUCAACGAGCAGCAACAAUGUAUGCCACAUCGGGAAGCGCAGCGAGACGCCUGGGCUCAGCAGCCCGAGCGAGAACUAGUCUCGCACCAGGUCGGUUUCAACGGUGGAUGCUGGAUGUCCGUGUCGCGUCGUUUGUGCACGAAUACGCAGCAAUCUACCUGUGCGCUGGUAUGGAAACACUCCUAGAAGAAAUCGCACUAAUAGCUGGUAGCAGUGCAGCUAGUACGCCCAUCACACCAGCUGUCGUAGACCAUGCUGUAGCUAACUGUGCUGAUCUCUGGGGACUACUGCAGCCAUAUAGCCAUCUGAAUGCUGGCAGGGUUGCUUCAGGAGCAUUAUCCCUGUCUCGUUGGGAAUCCAUGAGCUCUCUUGGUUCUGGAUCAUCGUCAGGAGUGUCCCGUCCCGAACACAGACAACUAGGACUUAGUCACGACUCUGGUAUUACUACUAACGGUUCUGGUGGUUCUGGUACCUCAGCUGGUUCCAACAACAGUUCUGGUGGUUCUACUGCGUCUGUUCUCUUGACAACUUGCGCCGGCUCUGCGUCAGAGUUACGAGCUGUGCUGCGGAGGGUACACCCUCGAUUACCGCCCUUAUCUCCCGCUGCCGAACGAGCUUUGUACUACUUUAUGAGGUGUUCACAGUUGGAGCACUCUAGUGCGAGUGGUGGCAGUUGUGGCGGUGCAGGACUAUGGGGUGAGCGAGGUGCUGGUGCCCUGCCACCUCUAGGCGAGUGGGUGCGAGUCAUUCGAGCUCAUGCCACUCUUCGUCCACCGCCCGCUGUACCUGAUGCUGAUGACGUGAUGCAGGCUGCGCGGUUAUUGCUACCACAUGCGGACUGCCCACCUAGACCUAUUACACUAGAAGAAGCCAUAGAACCAGUCUGGUCGCGCUGCGCUCGCACACCUGACGAGCUGAACAGAGCUGCCGUUGGAGUGGCGCAGCGAGCCUUACUGAGUGGAAGACCAGAGCUUGUGGGUGGAGUACGAUCAUUACUACCAUCAGCCGGAAUAGACGCGCCAGAUGCUUCUGGGCUUACGGCGCUUAUGAAGGCUGCAUUUGCUGGCGAUGAACAGAUUGUUGCUAUGCUUCUCGAAGCGGGUGCAGAUCCUAACAUCGAAACAGGUGGUGCGUGUGCUGCCCACUGCGCACUGCCACUAUCACCACGCUCGCCAUCCACGCAACAAACUGCCCCCACAUACACCCCGCCGACUGCAGGUUGGACCGCGCUGGUGUACGCAUGCAGUGGUGGCGGCGGUGGCGCUGUGGAGUGUGUUCGCCGCCUGCUGGCCGCUGGUGCCCGAGUGGACGGUGCUCCUGCUAGAGGAGACGAUGUUUGCACUCUUACACCGUUGCAGGUUGCGUGUGGUGUCGGUAACUUGGAGUUGGUACAACUGUUGCUAUCGCAUGGCGCAGAUCCGUUCCUCUCCACACAACUGAACGAUGCUCUGUGCUACUCUCCAGCUGCACAGUACGGUUGUUAUAGUGCGGUAGCAGUAUGUUGUGCGCAUGGACGUCGUGCUUGCUUACGCGCAGCAGUGCGUGGUGGAGCUCGUGCAGCGCAGGCUGUGCUGUCUCUGGAGGAGGUGCUGGCUGAGGGUUCUGCUGCUCCACCACCACGACAACCCACCUUCACCAAGCAACAACAACGCGCGUUACAUGACGCCAUGUACUGUGCCGCCGAGACUGACCACUUAGAUAUCACACUGGAGCUACAUGCGCUAGGCGUGCCAUGGUCUCUUCAUGCGUGGACAUUAUCCCUGGCUGCUGCUGCUGAUGCAGCGCUAGAUAGUGUCAUAGAUCAACUUUUACAAGACUUUCUUCAGGUGUGUCCGUCAGAUGAUAGUCACUACAGUAAACAAUUUAUUUACGAGUGUCUCCCCCUGCUGUUCAAUAUUCUACGGUACAGCAAGAAGGAAGGCACAGUCUUACUGCUGGCUGACAUCCUGUGUGCGUGUUAUGGACGCGAGCCUGUGCCAGGCGUAGCACAGCCGCCGCCUCCAGUAGCGCCUACUCCAGCUAGAGUUGACCCUUCUUACGUCAACAACCCAUCAUUGGCUGACGUUACCUUUAGGGUUGAAGGGCGAUUAUUUUACGGUCACAAAAUAGUCCUCGUCUCUGAGUCACCGCGCUUGCGAGCGAUGCUAGCUCCAGCAAGAACAUCAAAUGAAGCCUUACCAGUCGCUAACACUGCGCCACCUCUCGUGCAGAUCAAUGACAUCCGAUAUCAUAUAUUUGAGCAAGUAAUGAAGUACCUGUACUCGGGUGGAUGCUCAGGGCUGGAUAUUCCUGAGACCGACGUGCUUGAGGUGCUGGCUGCCGCCUCGUUUUUCCAACUCCUGCCACUACAGAGGCACUGUGAGGCAAGGGCAGCCAAAUCUGUGGAUCUGCACAAUCUUGUCUCGGUUUAUAUUCAUGCUAAGGUCUACGGUGCUACUCAACUACUAGAAUACUGCCAAGGAUUCCUACUUCAAAAUAUGGUAGCACUUCUUACAUACGAUGACUCAGUUAAACGGCUGCUCUUUGGGAAACGGCUACCCGGACAUAAUGUUCUUGGUGCUUUACUUGUAACAUUACAAAAAAGAAUAGAAGCCAGGAAAAAUCAGGCAAAAAAUAGAUAA